ACAAAAUUAGGCAAGAACGAGAUGAAGCUGUUAAAAAACUGGAGGAAUUUCAGAAAAUUUCUCACAUGGUUAUAGAGGAAGUCAAUUUUAUGCAGAACCAUCUUGAAAUAGAGAAGACUUGUCGAGAGAGUGCCGAAGCUCUGGCGACAAAGCUAAAUAAAGAAAAUAAAACAUUGAAAAGAAUCAGCAUGUUGUACAUGGCCAAGCUGGGACCAGAUGUAAUCACCGAGGAGAUCAACAUCGAUGACGAAGAUGUUAGCACAGACCCAGAAGGCACCCCAGAGACCUGUGUGUCUGUACAGUGUCAGAAGCAGAUCAAAGAACUUCGAGAUCAAAUUGUAUCUGUUCAGGAGGAGAAGAAGAUAUUAGCGAUUGAAUUGGAAAAUCUCAAGAGCAAACUUGUAGAAGUAAUUGAAGAAGUAAAUAAAGUUAAACAAGAAAAAGAUCUUUUAAACUCAGAAGUUCUUGAACAGAGAAGAGUCUUAGAAAAAUGCAAUAGAGUGUCCAUGCUAGCGGUAGAAGAGUAUGAGGAAAUGCAGGUAAACUUGGAACUGGAGAAGGACCUUCGAAAGAAGGCAGAGUCAUUUGCACAAGAGAUGUUCAUUGAACAGAACAAGCUAAAGAGACAAAGCCACCUUCUGCUGCAGAGCUCUGCUCCUGACCAGCAGCUUUUGAAAGCUUUAGAAGAAAAUGCAAAACUCAUCCAGCAACUUGAAGAAGAGAGAAUUCAGCAUCAGAAAAAGGUGAAAGACUUAGAAGAGCAGCUAGAAAAUGCAGCACUCCACAGAGAGAUUCGCAGCCUCAAACAGCAGCUGGGGCUUCUGGAGGAGGAUAAAAGAGAAUUGGAAUUGAAAUACCAGAAUUCGGAGGAGAAAGCCAGAGAUUUAAAGCAUUCCAUUGAUGAACUCCAGAAACGGGUGAACCAGUCUGAGAAUUGCGUACCUCCACCACCUCCACCUCCACCGCCGCUCCCCCCGCCUCCCCCCAAUCCCAUCCGAUCCCUCAUGUCCAUGAUCCGGAAGCGAUCCCAUCCCAGCGGCAGUGGUGCUAAGAAAGAAAAGGCAGCUCAACCAGAAACAACUGAAGAAGUCACGGAUCUGAAGAGGCAAGCAGUUGAAGAGAUGAUGGAUAGAAUUAAAAAGGGAGUUCAUCUUAGACCCGUUAAUCAGACAGCUAGACCGAAGGCAAAGCCAGAAUCUUCAAAAGGCUCUGAGAGUGCCGUGAAUGAGCUCAAAGGCAUACUGGGGACACUUAACAAAUCCACUAGUUCAAGAAGCUUAAAAUCCCUUGACACUGAAAACAGUGAAACUGAGUUAGAAAGGAUUUUGCGUCGCAGAAAGGUGACAGCAGAAGCAGAUAGCAGUAGUCCAACCGGGAUAUUAGCCACCUCAGAGUCCAAAUCCAUGCCAGUGUUGGGUUCUGUAUCCAGUGUAACAAAAACAGCCUUGAACAAGAAAACUCUGGAGGCAGAAUUCAACAGCCCGUCCCCCCCAACACCUGAGCCAGGUGAAGGGUCGUGUAAAUUGGAAGGAUGCACAAGUUCCAAGGUUACAUUUCAGCCUCUCAGUAACGCCGGAUGCAGGAGCGAGUGCUUUGGCCGUGAGCAACAAGCUGGACCCGUUGUAGUUUUAGAUCCUGUUUCCACACACAAACCCCAAACCAAAGACCAGGUCACUGAAAAAGAUUCCACUCAAUGCAAGGAUGGCGAAGAUGAAAUUAAACCAGAACACAAAGAAGACGGCAUUGAAAAAAUGAGAGACACACACAGCUCCCACUGCUGAUCCGUACACUGGAAGGCUGACAGGUGUACAAGCCCUUUCCGACGAGUACGCGAUCAGUUCUGGCGUAUUGGCAGGCGCCAUAGACAUUCUGUUCUUGUCACUGUACUCAGAAUGCAGGCUCUUUUCUGGUGUCACUUUUGUAAGUAAUUUGCCUAUAAACAUAAGUAAGUUCAGCAAAAUACACAUCCUAUGUAGGUUUUGUUUUUCUUCCUAGGGAUAAGAUGUUUUUUCUCGAAUUACUGUAUUGUGACUUCUUUUAGAAGGUUACAGAAAAUUCAGAUGUCUAUCUUUUUAGGUAACAUGCAUACCACUCAUCAAGUGUAAUGCUGAAAGUUUGCAGCAUUGUGAAUAAGUGGAUAAACAGAACUGACCAACUUAAGGUGAUUUAAGAACCACCCCCCCCCGCCACAGCAGCUUCUGUUUUAGGUCUGAUCUUCGUUGGAGAGAGAAACUACAAUAGUGUGGAAAUGGUGAGGCACUGUGGCGUACA